AUGGGUGAAAUCUUUAAAAAUAUAAGAAAUUAAAUACGUAAAAAUGGUGACUAGGAUGUUAAUUUUGAAGAUUUUAAGUAAUAUUUCGAAAAAUAUAAAUAUAUUCAUUCUAAAUGUGGAGAAAAUUGCCCUCAUUUAAAACGUUUUUACGCUAGAUUAGGGUUAAUUUAAGCAAAAUAUAAAAGAAAAAUACUUAAAAUGAAAGAUGCUACCAUAUCCGUUUACGAUAAAAAUGACAAACUGCCUAUUAUUAAUAACUCAUAAUAAUUAAGAAAAAAUUUAAGUACAAAUUAUAGUUUAGUCAAAUCAGAACCAAUUGGCGCUUUUAAUGAAAGAGAUGCAGGUGUUGGAAAAACUGCAUUAUUAUAAAAAUACAUAAAUAACUAAUUUCCAGAAUAUUACAAUUAAACAUUAGGUUGCGAAUUUCAUAAUAAAUAAAUAUAAUUAAAUGAAAAUACUGUUGCUUCCUUAAAUUUAUGGGAUUGUGGAAGUAAAUUAAUUUAAAAUUACCAUACAAUUAACAUAUAUUAUAAGGUGAUAGUUUGAAAUCAAAAAU